CGCAGCGUGGUCAUCCUGCCGGGGCUGGGCAACAACUCCAAAGAUUACAGCGGGCUUGUGGACCAGCUGCAGCAGCGAGGACUGCACGUGGAGGUGGCGCCCGUGAGCCGGCUAGACUGGGCCCGCAACGCAUCAGGCCUGCGCUACCGAGAGUACUGGGCGGGCACGCUCAAGCCGCGGCCCACAGUGGACUGGUACCUUGGGCGGGUGGAGCAGGCGGCAGAGGCGGCGAAGCGGGCCACAGACGGGGCGCCCAUGACGCUCCUGUGCCACAGCGCGGGCGGCUGGCUGGGCAGGCUCUUCAUGCUUGACUUUGACCGCACCGGCAUCGACCAAUUUGUGAGCCUGGGGUCCCCGCAGCUGCAGCCGCCCGAGGGCGUGAUUGACCAGACCCGCGGCAUCCUCACCUGGGUGAACCAAGCAGCCCCCGGCGCUUUCCACAGCGACGUGCAGUACGUGACGGUGGCGGGUGAGCGGGGUCCCAGCAGCAGCGGCAGGUGGCUGGGCCGAGCGGGUGACUGGGAUGGGGCGCAGGGUUGUGACCUGUGCCCUUAUGUCCAUUUCAUCCAGGGCGCGCCGCUGCUGGGGCCCGGCACCUGGCAGCAGCGCGUGGUGGGGGCCGGCUACAAGCAGGUCUGCGGGGACGCGACCGCCUGGGGCGACGGCGUGGUGCCGGUGCCGUCGGCGCACUUGGAGGGGGCCCUGCAGAUCACGAUGGAUGGCUGCUACCACAGCCCGCUGGGUGCGGAGGAUGGGCGGGCGCUGGAGAGCCCGCGCCUGUGGUAUGGCAGCCACACGCUGAUCGAUGAGUGGGUGCACGUGGUGCUGCAGCCGCAGGCCGCCGCCUCAGCGCAACAGUAG